CAGCCAAUGAGGGCUCAGGGCCUCCUCCGCUGCUUCUGCAGAAGGCAUGUUUGCCUGGAAACCUGUCCUCAACCACUCCGGCCCCACUGAGUUCGUGUUCCGUGUGUUCACCACCGUCCCUGAAUUCCAGGCCCUUCUCUUCCUUCUCUUCCUCCUCCUCUACUUGAUGGUCCUCUGUGGCAACACAGCCAUCAUCGGGGUGGUGUGCGCACACAGCUCCCUCCGCACCCCGAUGUACUUCUUCCUGUCUAACCUGUCCUUUGUAGAGAUCUGCUACACCACUGUCGUCGUGCCCUUGAUGCUCUCCAACAUUUUGGGGGCCCAGAAGCCCAUUCCAUUGGCUGGAUGUGGAGCCCAAAUGUUCUUCUUUGUCACCCUUGGCUGCACGGACUGUUUUCUCCUAGCAGUCAUGGCAUAUGAUCGCUAUGUGGCCAUCUGCCACCCGCUGCACUACACCGUCCUCGUGACCCAGAAGCUGUGCGUGCAGCUGGUGGCCGGCGCCCUGGGCCUGGCCCUCUUGCUGUCGCUGCAGCUCACCGCCUUAAUCUUCACCCUGCCCUUCUGCGGGCACCGCCGCGAAAUCAACCACUUCCUCUGCGACGUGCCUCCGGUCCUGCGCCUGGCCUGUGCUGACAUCCGCGUGCACCAGGCCGUGCUCUACGUCGUCGGCGUCCUCGUGCUGACGGUCCCCUUCCUGCUUAUCUGUGUCUCCUACGUGUUCAUCACCUCUGCCAUCCUGCGCAUUCGCUGCGCCGAGGGCCGCCGCCGGGCCUUCUCCACCUGCUCCUCGCACCUCAGCGUGGUGCUGCUGCAGUACGGCUGCUGCGCCUUGGUCUACCUGCGCCCCCGGUCCAGCUCCUCGGCGGAUGAGGACCGCCACAUCGCGCUGGUCUACACUUUCGUCACUCCCUUACUCAACCCUUUGAUUUACACCCUUAGGAACAAGGAUGUCAAAGGCGCCCUGAAAAAGGUCAUCAGUACCAAAGGGACAUUUUAA